AUGGUGCAAACCUGUGAAGAAAUUGGAGAAGCGGAAGGAGUAGAGGAGGAGGAGGAAGAAGAAAAAGAAAAGCUCAGCUAUGAAGAGCUCAAGAAGCGGAUGUGGAAAGACCGGUUGCGCAUGCAAAAGUUUAAGGAGAAACACGGCAAGGAAGUGUCGGAGACACUUGAGAAACAAGAGCAAUCUCGCCGAAAGAAGAUGUGCAGAGCGCAGGAUGCCAUUCUUAAGUACAUGGUGAAAAUUAUGGAAGUGUGCAGGGGACAAGGCUUCGUCUACGGGAUUGUCCCAGAGAAGGGGAAGCCUGUCACCGGCUCAUCCGAUAGUUUAAGAGAGUGGUGGAAAGAUAAAGUCCGGUUCGAUCAGAAUGCUCCGCUGGCCAUUUCUGAGCUCUUGCCACUACCAGAAGAAAGUGAGGGUGUGGACUUAGAAUCUUGUAUGCAUCUCCUUCAGGACUUGCAAGACGCAACUUUGGGUUCUCUUCUUUCAGCACUCAUGCAACACUGUGCUCCUCCACAAAGAAGGUAUCCCCUAGAGAAGGGUUUAGCCCCUCCUUGGUGGCCCACAGGUCAGGAGCUUUGGUGGGGUGAUCAAGGCAUCGCCCAAGAGCAGGGUCCACCUCCUUAUAGAAAGCCUCAUGACCUUAAAAAGGCUUGGAAGGUGAGUGUUUUGGCUGCAAUCAUUAAGCACAUGUCCCCUAAUCUUGAUCGUAUGAGAAGGUUAGUGAGGCAGUCCAAGUGCCUGCAAGAUAAGAUGACUGCCAAAGAGACUACAACUUGGUCUAAGGUGGUUAACCAAGAAGAAUAUCUCAACAAACUUACAGAGAAAUGUCUCAAAAUCUCAUCAUCCAAAGAAGAAGAAAAGGAAGAACAAUCUAUCUUCGUUCCAAACGAAGACUCCGACUUACAUUGCUGCAGUGAAAAAAGGAAGAGUACGUUUGAUAAAGAGGCCGCGGUAAAUACAUUAUACGCUUGCCAAAACGCAGAGUGUCCGCAGAGCCAAACAGAGUUCGGAUUCGUAGACAGGAACUUGAGGACCGACCACCUUCACUGCACUUAUGGCAUAGAGGAAAUUAAGGACAGGGAAGAAAUAAAUGAUGAGGGCUCUGGCUCAACUGUCAGCAAUCUCCUCCCCUAUGAUCAUGAAUUGAUGGAUUCACAAAUGACGGAGCUUAAAAGCAUGGAUAUUAAUGAGGUUGAAUGGUGGAGUAAGGAGCCAAACGAGGUCGAUCAGGGCAAUGACAUGCAAGUAAUUGAAAUUGGAGAGGUCAGUGGCAGCAAGGCGGCGGAUAGUACUACAUGUUACUGGGAAGAAGGUAGAAUUGAAGACUUAGGACUGGAUGCAGCAUUUGAGAUCCAGAGAGAAAACAUGCAAAUUAAUGCAAGUCUUUCGGAAGAUGCCUUAUCUGAUGAAAAUUUAUUUUCUAUAUGGAAUAUGCGUUACGAGCAAAGCUAAAAAGAGAUCACCGGUUAUCCUAAA